UGUGAGAAAUGGCAGAAGCCAGAAUUUCAGUGGCUCAGGAUCAGUUCAUAUGUCCAAUUUGUCUGGAUCUCUUUAUGGAUCCAGUGACCAUCCCAUGUGGACACAGUUACUGCAUGAGCUGUAUUACAAGCCAUUGGAAUCAGGAUCAUCAAAUGGGAAUCUACAGCUGUCCACAGUGCAGAAAGACCUUCACGCCGAGACCUGAUUUAGGCAAGAAUGUGAUGAUUGCUGAAAUGGUGGAGAAAGUGAAGAAGACUGAACCUCGAGAUGCUGUUCUUGCUGGACCUGGAGAUGUGAAGUGUGACGUCUGUACUGGACGGAAAAACAAAGCGGUCAAGUCCUGUCUGGUGUGUCUGAACUCUUACUGUCAAACUCAUUUUGAAGAGUUUCAUUCUGAUAAACGACACAAAGUGAUCGAUGCCACUGGACGACUGAAGGAGAUGAUCUGCCAAAAACACCAUAAGCUUCUGGAGUUUUUCUGUCACAACGACCAGCAAUGUAUUUGUGUUCAGUGUGUGAUGGAUGAACACAGAAACCAUGAGACUGUAUCAGCUGCAGAAGAAAUGACUAAGAUGCAGGGUCAUUUGAGGGAGAUUCAGAGAACAAUCCAGCAGAAAAUCCAGAAGAAAGAGAUGAAGCUUCAGGACCUGAGAGAUGCUGCUGAGUCUCAUAAGCGAUCUGCACAGGCAGCAGUGGAGGACAGUGAGAAGAUCUUCUCUGAUCUCAUUCUCUCCAUUGAGAGAAGCCGCUCUGAGGUGACACAGCUGAUCAGAGCUCAGGAAAGAGCUUCAGUGAGUCGAGCUGAAGAACGACUGGAGCGACUGAAGCAGGAGAUCGUGGAUCUGAGGAGGAAUAAAGCUGAACUGGAGCAGCUUUCAGACACAGAUGAUCACAUCCGUUUGCUCCAGCUGUCACGAAUCCAGUCUGUGAACUGCCAUUCACCCUCCACCAGAGCAAAACUAAAUGUUAAAAUCAUUCUUGGCCCCAAAAUUGAGACCAGAGAUGAAUACCUCAGACAUUUCCAUCAGUUCACUCCGGAUCCAAACACAAUGCAAAAACGCAUUUUUCUGUCUGACGGGAAAAGGACUAUUACUAGCCCUCUUACAGACCAGCCGUAUCCUGAUCAUCCAGACAGAUUUGCUUCUGUAGUUCAGGUGUUGUGUAGAGAGAGUGUGUCUGGACGCUGUUACUGGGAGGUUGACUACGGUCAGAGUGAACGUUUGGGUGUAUCAGUGUCUUAUAAGAGCAUCAGCAGGAAGGGACGCCGUGGCAAUGAGAGUAGAUUUGGACAUAAUAAUCAGUCCUGGAUAUUGUUGUGUUCACCCCCCAAAUAUAUAUUCCUGCACAAUAACAUAAAGACUAAACUCAUGGUAGCAUCCAGCUCCUCUAGAAUAGGAGUGUAUGUGGAUCACGGUGCAGGAAUUCUGUCCUUCUACAGCGUCUCUGACACAAUGACCCUCAUUCAUAAAGUCCAGACCACAUUCACACAACCUCUCUAUCCUGGGUUUUCACUGGGUAGAAAUGCAUCAUUGAAACUAUGUAAUGUCAAAACAUAA